GAUCGUAGCAUACUCGAGACUCCGUUUGUGCGUGUGGUUUGCCCGCGGGCUCAAAUAUGUUGAAAUGACAUACGGCACGUGGGGGAAAGAAGACGAUGGAGAGCAAGCCUAAAAUUGCCAAACUACAGGAUCCAAGCUCAGAUAUGGAGGUCGAUACAGCAAAAUCAGACGCAGUAGCCGCUGUAACCCCGGUCAAUGGCGAAGUGAACCACAACUCUUCAAAUGGUGCCAAAGAUAAACCCAAACCGGGUGCUUCUGAAAUGACCAGCGCCGAUUAUUACUUCGAUUCUUAUGCUCACUUCGGAAUUCACGAGGAAAUGUUAAAAGAUGAAGUCCGUACCCUGACUUACCGUAAUUCAAUGUACCACAACAAGCACCUUUUCCGGGACAAGAUUGUGCUGGAUGUUGGAUGUGGUACAGGGAUCUUGUCCAUGUUUGCUGCCAAAGCUGGAGCCAAGCAUGUCUAUGCUAUUGAAAUGUCAUCCAUUGUGGACUACUCCAAGACAAUCAUCAAAGAUAACAACUUUGAUUCAGUUAUAACUUUAAUCAAGGGGAAAGUUGAGGACGUGGAGCUGCCCGUUGAGAAGGUUGACAUCAUCAUCAGCGAGUGGAUGGGGUACUGCUUGUUCUAUGAGUCCAUGUUGGACACUGUACUAUAUGCCAGGGACAAAUGGCUGAAACCAGAUGGAAUGCUGUUCCCUGACAAAGCGAAGCUAUAUGUUUGUGCCAUUGAAGAUAGACAAUACAAAGAGGAGAAAAUUUACUGGUGGGACAGAGUGUAUGGCUUUGACAUGAGCUCAAUCAGAAAGGUUGCUCUUAGUGAGCCUCUUGUUGAUGUUGUGGACCCCAAACAAGUUGUCACUAACUCUUGUAUGGUUAAGGAAGUUGACAUCCAAACAGUCAAGAAAGAGGAUCUAAACUUCACUGCACCAUUCCGUCUGUACUGCCACAGAAAUGACUAUGUUCAUGCACUUGUGUCAUUCUUCACAAUUGAGUUUACUCACUGCCAUAAAAGGACUGGGUUUUCAACAGCCCCAGAUUGCCCAUACACUCACUGGAAACAGACAGUGUUCUACCUAGAGGACUACCUUACAGUCAAAUACGGGGAAGAAAUCACUGGCUCAAUACACAUGGAGCCUAAUGCAAGAAAUAAUCGGGACAUAGACUUUAACAUUGGAAUUCAGUUUGAGGGAGAGUUAUCAAACUAUGACAAAGAGCAAAAGUACAGAAUGCGCUAGAGGCGGUGGCCUCUCGCUCCCUAAAGCCUGCACAUAGCAAAGAACAAACCACCUUGUCUUAGCCAUCAUUGGCUUUAUUUUUAGUUUAAAAUGUAAAAGCAACAGUUUCUCCCUAGGGUACCCUAUUCAUCAAACACUUUCACUAUCAGUUAUGUUAUUUCAAUUCAUAUUGCCGCCAAACUGUAAGUUACACAAAGGGGCCACCCCUAAAUGCAGUACAUUGUUUUAUACAUUUUAAGAUUAGUUUUGAUGUCGUGAUUUUUAGCCACCUUUGCCAGAUGUAGAAUAUCUAAAAAUGUCUUGAAUUGUUUUGUCAUCGAAAAUAAUACUUAGCCUGAUUUUAAAACGCGUAGGUCGUCAUAAAAUCAGGCUAUGAAAAUAAAGUCCUACGGCAAUGCAUUAUGGUUAGUUUAGGUGGCCCUUUUAAUUCUUAAAUUUCCCUCCGUAUUUUCAUGCUUUCAGAAAUUAGCUUACGAUCCUCAGUAUGUUUUGUCUGGAUUUCAUUCCACGAAUACGCAACCACAGUCGAAUCCUAAUAACUCCCCGCUUAACUCAGAUUGACUUCGGGUUCCCUAUAGACUAAUCUUCAAUUUUGUCAACUUGGACUGUUUAUGUUUCUCUUGAGGGUAAGGGUUAGUAGCUGCCCAUGCUGUCUUAGUCCUGUAGGUCGGCUUUACGUGUAAUUCCGUAAGUUUAUGCUGAAUCGUUUUUUGCUGAUUUUUUUUCUCUGAAGAUGAGAGGUUGAGGGAUAUGAGAUUGCUAGCAAUAGAAAUCUAUGCCCACGAGUUAUCAACAAAUCGCAAUUCACCAGCCAACAAGCCUGAAGUUUGUAAGAAAGCAUGUAAUUUAUAUUUAGUUAGGGUUUAUAAAGCUGGGUGUAAUAUACAGAGUAUGGAUUUCUCAAUUCCACGCAUUUACUGUUACAGUAGAACAAAGAUGUACCUCGAAAUCGUACCACAAAAAUAAAGACCCAAGAAUAAAAUUCUCUUUUAUUCAA